UUCACCUGUGAGAAAAAUAAAAAAUAAAAAAUCCUAUGAUCAAACCAACACAAAACAUUCAUUAUUAAGGUACCCAAAUCAAGAAACAACAUUUUCCACUUAUAAAAAGUUUAAAUCUUUUAUGGGAUAUUUUUUUUCUGGUUAUUUUGUUCUUGGGUUUUCUUGAAGGAAUCAAUUAGUGAUCCUUUAGUGGAAAAAGUUCAAGGUGACCCUUUAAUUAGUUUACUAGUAAAGUUAUAUUUUUUGUGCAAGUUUAUCAGGAAAAAAGUGGACUCUUUACUUUGUUUACUAGUAAAGUUAGAAUUUUUGUGCAAGUUCAUCAAGAAAAAGGUGACCUUAUAAUUAGUUUGCUACUAGUAAAGUUAGUAUAAUUUUUGUGCAAGUUUAUCAGGAAAAAGGCGAUUUUUUACUUUGUUUACAAGUAAAGUUGGAAUUUUUACUAGUAUUUUGGGGUAAAAAAUAUGGCUUGUGAAGGUAGUUAGAAUCAAUUGGUGAUCUCUAAGGGAAGAAAGUUCAGAUCUUUUGCAAGUUUAUCAGGAAAAAAGUGGACCUACUAGUGAAGUUGAAUUUUUGUGCAAGUUUAUCAGGAAAAAGGUGAGACUUUUUUACUUUGUUUACUUGUAAAGUUUGAACUUUUACUAGUAUUUUGUGGUAAAAAGAAUGGCUUGUGAAGGUAAUUAUAUGUGGAGUUUGAGUGGUAUUGUGGCAGCUUUUGUUGAUCUUGCAAUAGCAUAUUUCUUGCUUUGUGCAGCAACAGUAGCAUUUUUAGCAUCAAAGUUUCUUGGUUUUUUUGGUUUGAGAUUGCCAUGUCCUUGUGAUGGACUUUUUGGUACUUUCCCAAAUGGGAAUUUAUGUUUUCAUAGAGUCUUGAUUGAUUUCCCAGCUGAGAAAGUGUCUAAUGUUCAACUCUCUAUAAAAGCAAACUUCCCUUUUAAUGAUAAUACUAUUUUGGUAAAAGACCAGAAUUGUGAUUUGAAUUGGAGAUUAAUUGGUGAUAAAGAGAAUAGUCCUCAUGGGUAUCUUGAAAUGGGUGAUGAGGAUGGUUCACGUAAUUCAGUAUCAGAUGCAAGAAAGUCACAUAAUAUUGCUAGGAUUGAGUUGAGUCCAAAGGGGAAAGGGGUGAUGAAUCAGAGACAAAGAGGAGGGAUUCGUCGAAGAAGGCGUAAAGCAGCUGUUGAUUAUGGGAGAUCUUCAUCAGUUUCAUCAUAUGACCCUCCAUAUGAAGACUUUCCACUAAGUCCUCCAUCCCCUCCUAGUACCAACAAAGAAGAUGGUGGCAACCCUCCACUGGUUAUGAGAUUGGACCACAGAGACAGCUUUGAAUUGAAUGGACUUCCUGAUGAAGUUGAGCACAUUGAAAAGAACGCUGCAUCCAUUGAAGAGUUGAAGCAUAACGGCCAACUGGUUUCCAGCUUCAAUGAGGAAAACAGAACAAGACUCUUGGAACGGGCCUUAGAACACGAACAAGAAGCUCGAGAUGCUCUUUGCCUUGAGCUUGAGAAGGAAAGAAAUGCUGCAGCGAGUGCUGCAGAUGAGGCUAUGGCUAUGAUCUUUCGUCUACAGGAGGAGAAGGCAUCUAUUGAAAUGGACGCCCGGCAAUAUCAGAGAUUAAUUGAAGAGAAAUCUGCUUUUGAAGCUGAGGAAAUGAACAUUCUAAUGGAGAUCCUGAUGAGGACAGAAAGGGAGAAACACUUUUUAGAGAAGGAACUUGAAGUAUAUAGGCAGAUGACUUUUCUUGGAAAUGAAGAAUCAACAGUUGAUAGUGGGAAUGUAGCGGAUGCUUCAUCUGAUCCUAACGAGGAUCCAGUUCUUAUGCUUCGGCAGAUUAGUGCAUCUUCUGACAAGGCACCGAUUCACAGGCAGAAAAAAGAUGUCAGCUCCCAGAAGCAAAUUGACUUAGCAGUGUCCUCUUAUAGCAGCCAAGAAUUUCAGGAGAAAGAGAUGGUGUUUACAGUUAACAACUUUGAUGUGCCACCAGGGAAUAGGCAAAUACUGGACACUUUCUUGAAAUCCCCUGAGGCAGGUCUUUCAAAACAGAAGCUUCCUGAUCAUGCCAUUUCGGUAGAAGGGAAAGUACUAAAAGAAAAUUCAGAUAUGGAAAGACAUGACAGAGAUUUGAAGUAUCAUGAGACAAUUCGAUAUCAGGGAUCAAACUGUCCAUGCAAUUUGACCUUGGAUAAAGAACCUCAAGUUUAUGAUGUUCAUGUGAUUGUUGACGGGUCCAACUUUUGCAAUGAUGUCCCUAUGGAAGCUUCUCCUACACAGGAUGUAAUUAGAGAUCGUCCAAGUACUAGCACGUCUAAUAGUCAAGUGGAUCUUAAAGGCAGUGCGGACGCUGCUUCUGCGCUUCCGCCAGUGGGCCAAUGUGGUAAAACUUUGCUAUGUGAUUUGCGGGGAAAUCCCAUGUCCUCAGUAGACAAUGAAAGGCUGAACAUUGAAUCUAAAUUGGGACGGCUUCGAGAGAGGUUAAAGAUUGUGCAAAAGGGAAGAGAAGAACUUGACUUGUCUGCAGAGCAUAGAGAAAGAGAAAAGAUGCAGUUAAAGCUUUUGGAGGAUAUAGCACACCAACUUCACGAGAUUCGUCAGCUUACUGAACCUGAGAAGGCUGUACGACAGGCUUCCUUGCCCCUGCCAUCCUCCAAGGUUGCGGACAGAACUGGACAGAGGGAGGAAUAGGGUUUCGUUGGGCCUGGCCCCAACACCGAAUGCGGAAGACGACGAAUCUUGGACUCGUACGCAAUAGCCAUGCAUAAAAAAAGAAAAGGAUUAAUAUAAUGAAGAUAUGCAAGACACGCUAAAAAAAGAGAACAAGUAAUCGAAACAAAAUAGACCAUCACGUAAAUAAUAAACAAGAGUAGGACCUUGACGUGCCAAUAUAAUAGAGCAAUCUCAACAGACGACUGAUUUAUAUGUGUAUAUAUGUAUAUAUUAUGUAUAUACAUAUACAUAAUCAAACACCCUACACUUGCAAAUGCACAAACAUAUACAGACUUAAACAAGGAUAAACUCAUCACAACAUCCAUAUAGAGCUAAACUUUAUUCCAUUAUUAUUUAACACAUUUUUAAGUAUCAGCAGCUAACAAAUGCACCAGCAACAGAUCAACAAACCAAACAACAAGAUAGCGACCCUUUUCAUUUCAACAACUCAUACAUUUAAGGGGACACCAAUAUCACUGAGGCGAAUUUCAAUUCAAAUCAAUUUCUGGUUUAUCAGAACCCACACUGAAGAUGACAGGACACAAAGGUUACAAACAUAGAUUUCAAAGAAAAAUUAUACUUCAACCAAAAUACACUUAGUUCUAAUUUCAAGACUGGGAGUAACAGUCUACUCAACUGGUAAAACUAACAUAACAAACAGUUGGUUUGCCUAAUAUAUUUAUAGAAAGGGAUUAUUUACUCUUGAAUGUAUUUAAUCUUCAGAGAUAAAACUAAAAAAUGAGCAGCUAGACUGUUCGAGCAGCUAACUAUUUUACCAUUUAGACAAUUGAACCAAUUGGUGAAAGACAUCUGAGAUGGCACCUGAGGUAAAUCAGUUCAGAAACUAAACUUUGUUUAGGCAAAAUAAGGACAUAAACUGACUUUCAAGUUUGAGUUAUUUUGUAGUCUUUUACCAGAAGCCAGCAAGUACAUUUCUUAUUCUUUUCUUUAAUCUCAACAAUUUAUAACACCUGACAGUAUACAACAAGUAUAGCAAAACCAAUUUUACUUUCCCCAUGACAAUUUGAUAUUUCAAAUAACAACAAAGGGACUUAGACUUAAGAAAAAGGAACUGAUAACCAUCUUAUACCAAAAGAAUAUGAUGUAUUAUAUUUUUAUGUCUUAAUGUAAAGAUAGUAGCCUCAUUUUGUGAAAAACUUUGACAUGGUUCAUCAGUGAUGUAACAAGUUUAAGAGAUUUCUUAAAGAGAACUAAAUCAGACAUCAUGAUGCUACACUCAGUUCUAGAUAUUAUAAUGAUGGGCCAAUGACCAACACUAAGUGACCAACCAGGACAAGAAGUCUUAAAGCCAUUUUUGCUAAAAGGGGGGAAAUAAAGUUCAGAAUUCACAUACUAACAGGGGCAGAGUUAACUUCGAAUACCUUUACCCAUUUAAAAGAAUGUAUUUUGGGAUAUUUAGACACUAAAACCAAAUAGAAAAUUAACAACACAGGCCACAGAGUCAUUAAAAGGAGCAUUCGAAGGCCUUGAUCAGUUUAAUAACUCAAGUCACAUGACUUUGACCUUCAUGGGCACAGCCAAAAAGACUUACAUCAAACUGGUACACAAUUCAUCAUCAUGGUUUAACAUACAACAAAAUUUAAACUUCCUAAAGCCAAACAUCAUUUGAAAUAACAGCUCUAUAUUGACUAGCAACCAGAUAUAUGCAUGCUUAAAGAAUACUUUAUGCUCCUAAAUACCAAACAGUUACUGACAAGUCAUGUAGGGAUCAGGUAAACCAUCAAACAUACUACAUAAGCAUUUUCAACGAUUCUGACUAAACAAGAUAUUCAAGCUGGCACAAUAUGAUCAAAUUAAUCACUUACACACGUAAACCAAUAUGCUAACAGGAUCGUAAUAGGAAUAUAACAAAUGCCUGAGAAAGCUAUACGCAGAAGUAGAUCCAAUCAUGUACUUGAUGAAAUUUAAGACUAAUAACAUCAAAAUCAUGCCAUAUAGUAACUAAACGAAACAACACAUAAAACACGAUAACCUAACACAUAAUCAACUACAAAUAACCAAAGAGACAGAACAAAAUGCAAAGUAAAAAGAAAGGGGAAUUACAAACCUUUUUGGGGUGCAGCGAAAUGAAUUAAAUUUAUGGCUUCCAAUUGAGUUGACAUUGAGAACCACUUCAACGAGAGCCGCAUUAUAAGGUGGGUGCCCGCAUUCGGAGGUGGGUGCCUGAACUGAAAUAUAAGAUAUCCGCAUUCGGAGGUGGGCGCUUGAACUGAAAUAUAAAAUACCCGCAUUCGGAGGUGGGUGCCUGAACUGAAAUAUAAGAUACCUACAUUCGGAGGUGGGCGCCUGGACUGAAAUAUAAAAUACCCGCAUUCGGAGGUGGGCGCCUG